CUGACAAUCAGUAGAUCACCUGUACUAAGCAGGAGUGGAAGGAUCACAGGUAAACACUUUCUCUGAAGAAAAAUAAAUACAUUUGUUGAUUGUGAAUACCUGUGGAUGUGUUGUGAGGGUGCACACACUGACACUACACCCUCGGUGCAUCGGAACGAGCUCUUACGGAACCAGUUAUUUAUAGACGGUAAACACACCUUUGUCACUCCAGAGCGGAUAUGAGGCUGCAUGGGGGGGUCGUGUGUGGCUCCGGGCUGGUGUGCGCUGCCAUGCUGGUCAUCAUCUUCCUACGGAGGAAAGAAGAGGACGAGUUGCAGACUAAAGUGCAGUUUCAGCUAGUGAAACUGCAGAUGACAGGAGACAUACUGAUGGAGAAUCAACACGAGAUCAUCCGAAUCCACAACCUGCUGGACAAAAGCAAUGCUCAGAUGAACGUGCUGGAUCCAGAAGUCAGCCAAGUUAAGGCCACCGAGGAGAUCUGGAAGAAAAAGCUAGAGACAUGCACAGGAGAGAAGAAAAACAUGGCCGAUGAGGUUGAGUUCAUCAAAUCACAACAAGCUGAAGUUUUUGCUGAGUUUGAAAAAGAGACGUCUGUCUGGAAGGUGGAGGUGAACUCUCUCCAAAAACAGAUGACUCAGCACAGCAAACUGUGUAACUUUGUCAGAGGUGACUCCGAUGAAGCCAGGAAACUGUGUGGAACUGUGGUUCCUAAGGAGAACCCUAAAGAACUUGAAGUUAAAGAAGCACCACAACCAGAAGCACCACAACCAGAUGCACCACAACCAGAAGCACCAAAACCAGAUGCACCAAAACCAGAUACACCAAAACCAGAUGCACCAAAACCAUAGCCCCCAGAACAACAGAAAGAGAAGCAAGUAUUGACCAAUCCCAGAGCCCAGAGUCUCCCUGUCGUUCCUCAUCAUCUUCACUUUGGCUCCCCGGUGAGGCGGGGUCCACCAAAACACUGACCAAUCGAAGGCCUUAGAUUAAACCAGCUGUUUGUUAGUUGAAGUCUAAUUCAGAUUGAUCUUUUUUUUGCUCAGAACUGUGUAAGUGUGUGUACUGUGUCUGUAUAAAACCAUGAAACGAUGAAUUGUUGUGUGCUGAAAAUAUCAAUUUCAAGUUUG